AUGUUGUCCGACUUGGCUCUCACCCAGGCUCAAGCUCCUCCAAUGGUUCCUGGUCUAGGGUUCUCCAACACUUGGGCCGGUUCCCAAGGCAUCCAGCUGCCAGGGACAAGGCGACGUUGGAAGCAGGUCAUGCUUUCAUGGAACUCGGAGACUAACGUCGGAAUAGAAGUCGAUGUGGGGGCUCGAUUAGGCCGGUUGAUGGAGAACGGGAACGGUAGUGGUUACGGCGAGAACUGA